AUGGAGGUUCAAGAAGCUGUUGCAUCUACUUUAGCAGCACUAUUUGCAGAACGAACAACUGCUCCAAAAACAAGGGCACAAAUACAACGUGAGUACAGACAGCGUAUCACAGCAUCUAGAACUCCUGCUCAGGCGGCUGCUGCGAGAAAAUCGAAAAACGAAAGACAACGCAACAACAGAUUACGCCAAGCUUCUAACUUGGUUAUUGCCAGUGGUUCUCUAGAAGCGACAACUACAUCCUCAUCUCGUUCAGGGCAAAGACAACCGAUUUUUUUGGUCAACGAUUUUGGCUACGCUUGCUCGGUCUGUGACAGACUUUGGUUUAGAAACGACCUUAAACCCAUCACUGCAGCACAGCUGAAGGUAAUUUCGGAUUGGUUUAUCAAAGAAAAUCGACAACUGAGCAGCGAAGAAUAUGAACUGGUUUGCAACACUUGCAAAAAGUCACUAAACAAACAAUCGAUGCCACCGCUAGCAAAAGUUAAUGGAUUCUCAUAUCCUGACCCGCCACCAGGCCUACCACUGUUAGAUCCCAUCAGUGAACGAUUGAAUUCGCGUCGUCUACCAUUUAUGCAAGUGCGUCGUCUUCGCCAUGAUUUUUCUUAUGGAAUCAUAGGACAAGUGAUAAACGUACCAGUCGACGUUCAAGAAAUGGUAAAAUGUUUGCCGCGACAAUUGGAUGAGGACGACGUUAUUAAUGUAAACAUUAAAAGAAACCUUGCCCAAAAAUCUGUUGACAUUAGCGGAUACAUGUCCAAAAGUACAGUUACUUCGUGGUUAACUGUUCUGCAGAACUCUCCAUUAUAUCGUUUGUACGAAAUCAAAGUGGACUUGUCGAGACUGAAUCAUGCUUUGCCAGACUUCGAUAACGUAGAGGAUGACCCGUCAAACCGUAUAGAAAAUAUCUCCGCAGAACAGAAUCCUGAAUCUGAAAUUCUCGCUUCAAGACAACAUACCGUGAUGUGA